AUGGAGCCAAAAACACUAGCAGCAGCAGCAGCAACGGCAGUAGCAGCAGCAACACUGGAGGUGGAGGGAGACCCUGAGUUAGAAGAGCUGUUGAAGCCGACGCCAGUGAACGAGCAGCAGCAGCAGCAGCAAAGCAGCAGCAGCAGCAGCAAGUUCCAGCACCAGAGGCGGAGGCCUGGGCGGCAGAAGGACGCUGCAGCAGCAGAUGCAGCAGCAGCAACAGCAGCAGAAGACACUAAGAAAGCUGACACCACUUUUUACCUUGCUGCAGGUCGCGCAGCAGCAGCAGCAGGUGCUGCUGCAGCGGGAGGAGCAGCAUUUGCUGCUGGUUUUAAUCUGCUGCUGCAGCGGCUCGGUCGGAGAAUGGAAAAGGAUGGGCUGCUGCUGCCGCUGCAGCAGCAACCCCCCGCAGCAGCAGCAGCAGCAGAUGCUGCUGCUGGCUGCAAUGGGGUGCAGCCAGCUGCAUCAAACAGUGGCGCCCCACAGAGCAGCAGCAGCAGCAACAAUGAAGGCGGCAGCAGCAGCAGCAGCAGCAGCGGUUUGUACCGCGUUGACCGCAAGGCGCUGCAUGCAGCUCUGAAGCAGCAGCAAGUGCUGCUGGAACGAAAAUAUUUGUGCUCAGAUGGGGGCCCCCUAAGGGGGCCCCUUGGCAGCAGCAGCAGCAGCACAGGGGACCGCUACUUUGCUGCUGAUCUGCGGCAGCAGACUGACGGCCGCAUGCGUGCUGCUGCUGCUGCUGCAGCAAGCCCGCAGCAGCAGCAGCAGCAAGCGGAUGAGGCAGCAGAUUCGCAGCGAAUUGUUCUCAGCAACUUCGUCCGGCUGCUGCCGCUAUGGCCGGAGCAGCAGCAACAGCAGCAGCAGCAGCAACAACAGCAGCAGAAGCCGCAGCAGAAACCGCAGCAGCAGCAGCAGCAGCAGCAGCUGGUAGUGCUGGAGUCCACUAAGGAGCACCUGCUGCAGUCGCAUUUGUUUUUAAUGGGCCUUCACAAAACUUCUCUUUCAGUUUGUUCUUUUUGUGCUGCUCUUGGCUGCCCGAGAAGCAGCACAACGAGGGAGCCCUGCCCGCGGGCCUUCUGCCCGCGCUGCGGCUCUGCUGCUUUCCGCUUCUCUUCGCACCGCUGCAGCAGCAGCCGCCUUUCCUUCAUCCGCCACCUCUGGGACGUAAGCAGCCACUCCAACUAG